GUCGCCAAGUUGGCAACACUGGGCACGAUCAGCUAUGCGCAUCCUGUGACGACUGGGUGAAUGAGAAGCUGGAAACAAGUGCGAGUAUGAACAAUAUUUAAUGAAAACAAAACAAAACAAACAAGAAUACAAACAACGCUGGGAAGAUGACAAUCCAAGAUGAUGAAGGCAGUGAGUAAUCCAGAUGGUGGUGGAGAGUUGGCAGCAGGUGAGGAUGGCACAGGAACUGCGGGGAAUCGAGCCGAAGGUAAGUGGUGAUGCUUGUGAAGGUGCGAUGAGUGGAUGAGGUUCCGGGGGAAGACACGGACAUAAUAAUUAAUAAUUCAUUACAUUUAUAUAGCGCUUUUCUAGACACUCAAAGCGCUUACAUAGUCAGGGGGUAUCUCCUCAUCCACCACCAGUGUGCAGCAUCCACCUGGAUGAUGCGACGGCAGCCAUAGUGCGCCAAAACGCCCACCACACACCAGCUUACUGAUGGAGAGGAGACUGAGUGAUGAAGCAAAUCAGCGGAUCUGGGGGUUGUUAGGAGGCCAUGAUGGUCGGAGGCCAAUGGGCGAAUUGAGCCAGGAUGCCGAGGUCACACCUCUAUUCUUUUUCGAAAGACAUCCUGGGAAUUUUAAUGACCACAGAGAGUCAGGACCUCGGUUUAACGUCUCAUCUGAAGGACUGUGCUUGUUGACAGUAUAGUGUCCCCAUCACUACACUGGGGCGCUAGGACCAACACAGACCACAGGGUGAGCACCCCCUGCUGGCCUCACUAGCACCUCUUCCAGCAGCAACCUAGUUUUCUCAGGAGGUCUCCCAUCCAGGUACUGACCAGGCUCAGCCCUGCUUAGCUUCAGUGGGCAACCGGUCUUGGGCUCCAGGGUGAUAUGGCUGCCGGCAUAAAAACGCAGACAAACGCAUCCAAACGCAGAACAACACAGAAGCAAAGAACAUUUACCAACAUGAAACAACGCUCUCACAAACACAAGACGUGAGACAAGCCAUUAAAUAGGGAGAGAGUGAUGAGUGACAGCUGCUGCUGAUGACAAUUAACGGAGACGCCCACAAGCUAAUCAGUGCAGACGCAAAACACACAGACUUCACUACAAAGUGCAAAACCCAGAGAUCAGGGUUUACCAACCGUGACAGUACCCCCCUCUAAGAACACCUCCUGGAGUUCCCAGAAGGGCCUACCUGCUGAUUGUAAUCAUCAAUAAGGGAGUGAUCCAAUAUGUCCCUAGCAGGUACCCAACUCCUCUCCUCCGGACCCUAACCUUCCCAGUCCACCAGGUACUGGAAUCCUCGUCCCCUCCAUCUUGAGUCCAGAAUGCGAUUAACCGAAUAAGUCGGUUCCCCAUCUACGAGACACGGCGGCAGGAGAACCGGAGUAGGCGGAUUAAUAUGUGCAUAAAACACGGGUUUAAUUUUGGACACAUGAAAAGCGGGGUGUAUCCUCCUGUACGCUGGAGGUAGUUUGAGGCGGACUGUCACAGGACUAAUGAUCUUGGUGAUAGUAAACGGGCCAAUAAAUUUGGGAGAUAACUUGUUAGAUAUGGAUCGCAGAGGAAUGUUAUUGGUAGAAAGCCACACUUUUCGACCCACGACGUAAAAGGGAGGCUUUGACCGGUGGCGAUCGGCCUUGGCCUUAGUACGCUCCCUCAUCCGGAGCAGAGUCUCGCGGGCUCUGGUCCAGGUGCAGUGGCACCUCUGGACAAACGCGUGAGCGGAGGGGACCGCGACUUCAGAUUCCAGACUGGGAAAAAACUGGUGGCUGGAAGCCUAAGCUGCACUGGAACGGAGAAAGGCCCGUGGCUGACACUGGUAACGAAUUGUGAGCGUACUCCACCAUAGAGGGUUGUUGGCUCCAGGAAGAAGGAUUCUUGAAGACCAAACGUCGCAAAGUCCUCUCUAAAUCUUGGUUUUCUCGCUCAGACUGCCCGUUACUUUGGGGAUGAUAACCCGAAGACAAGCUAACUGACGCUCCUAGCAAUUUACAAAACUCUUUCACUUCAGACCUUAACUCCUCCGGCACAAAUAAAUAGUUCGGUGGACAAUAGGGUGGAGGCGUUACCCCUUCUAAGGCCGUCUUUACCUUCAACUCGACCUCCCAAACGAGUGCUGAGACCACUACUUUCUCAGGUAAAAUACACGCGGGAGUCACCGGGCGUGCCGAGGGAUCAAAAAAACGUGAUAAAGAAUCGGGUUUGACAUUUUUGUAACCCGGGCAGUACGAUAGUAAAAUCAAAGCGACCGAAAAAAGUGCCCAACGAGCCUGCCUGGAAUUGAGUCUUUUGGCAGUUCUAAUGUAUUCUAAAUUCUUAUGAUUGGUCCAAACAAUGAAAGGUACCCCUGAGCCUUCCAGCCUGUGACGCCACUCCUCUAAAGCUAAUUUGGCGGCCAAGAAUUCUCUGUUAUCAAUGUCAUUAUUGCGUUCAGCAGGAGAUAAACGAUGGGAAAAAAACGCGCAAGGAUGUACCUUAUCGCCUGAGGCAUCACGUUGGGACAACACUGCUCCUACCCCCACCUCUGAUGCGUCGACCUCCACCACGAACUGCCAUGUGGGGUCAGGGGUCACAAGGAUGGGAGCCGAAACGAAGCGGCUUUUGAGGUUAGUGAACGCAGUCUCAGCUGCGUCUGACCACCUGAACGGAGUACUGGGAGAGCUUAGGGCCGUCAGAGGUGAGGCUAGUUGGCUGAAAUUGUGAAUAAAACGGCGAUAGAAAUUGGCGAACCCCAGAAACCGCUGUAGGGCCUUACGGGAAUCUGGAGAUGGCCAAUCUAUCACAGCCUUAACCUUGUCAGGGUCCAUACAUAUUCCCUCGGACGAGACGAUAUACCCUAGGGAGGGAACAGACUGUGCAUGGAAUACGCAUAUCUCCGCCUUGACAAAAAGACCAUUCUCAAUUAAUCUCUGGAGCACUCGUCUGACAUGUUGAACGUGUUCCUGGAGAGAUUAAGAAAAUACCAGUAUGUCAUCCAGGUAAACAUAUAUUAAGUGAUCUACCAUAUCUCUCAACACGUCAUUAACGAGUGCUUGGCAAACCCCUGGCAAGUUGGAGAGCCUGAACGGCAUCACCAAGUAUUCAAAGUGCCCUCUAGGGGUAUUAAGGGUGGUUUUCCAUUCAUCCCCUUCCUGAUGCGGACCAAAUAAUAAGCAUUACGUAAAUCCAAUUUUGUGAGUACGGAUGCUCCCUGUAACCUCUCAAAAGCUGAAGACAUAAGUGGUAAUGGAUAGGUGUUCUUUAUCGUAAUGUUGUUCAGCUCUCGGUAGUCAAUACAAGGUCGCAGAGAACCAUCCUUCUUACCCACAAAAAAGAGUCCCGCCCCCGCUGGAGAAGAGGAAGGACGGAUGAACCCAGAUGCCAAGGAAUCAAAAACACAUCCGAGGGCAAUUCGGAUGCCCCUCAAUAUUUGUACAAUUCACCGUAUAAAGAUUAAGAAGCUCUGCAACUAACAAAAACAAAAAGGGAGAAAUAGGACAUCCUUGCCUAAUUCCUCUCCCAAUGACAAAACAUGGGGAAGUUCCAGAAGACAAAGACACAUUCCUAGUAAUUUCUUUAUACAGUUUUCACAAAUUUAGGUCCAAAACCAAAAUGUCUUAAGGCUUCAUACAUAAAGGCAUGCUCUACUGUACCAAACGCCUUAUAGAAAUCUAAAAACAGAAUAAGCGCAUCAUUAUUAGAAGAAGUAUAAAGUCGCUUAUAGAAGUCAGCUACAAAAUUAGAAAUUUUGGCUUCAUCGUUAAUGAGAUUACCAUUAAUGUCAAGGGCUGAAAUUCUUUGUAAUUCACCUCUUCUUUUUUUUUUCUAAAUUAAAAAUAAUAUGUAGGAUUCCUUUAACCAAAUUCUUACCAUUUUGCCCUUGAUCUAACAAAUGCACCUUUGGCCUUCUCUGCAUAAAUAACUUCUUCUUGUCCUGCUCACUAGGAGAGGACAGACAUAAAAUAUGAUUUAUUUCCUUUGUAAUUGCAGAGCUUCUCGACUCCUUUGCCUUUGAAAGCUGUUUGUUAAACUGUAUAGAGAAUCUCCGACACUCACACUUAAAAAGUUCCCAUUUUGCAAUAGCAGAGUCUGAGUUAACUUUAACAUUUUCAGUUAUAUUUUUGAUACCUGAACAAUAUAGAGAAUUUUGUAAAAAAAAAAACGUAUUCAGUUUCCAGUAUCCUGGAUGUCUCUCAAAACUAUUAUGAGUCUCCAAUAUUUCAAGAUCGAUGCAAGCAUGAUCCGUUAAAGGGGCAGGAGAAAUGGUACAAGAACUAAUAAAGGACAUUAGCCAGUCAGAUAUAAGCCAGAAGUAUUUUCUAGAUUUUUGUGACAUGUCUGCUUUAUACCAUGUAAAUGAGACAUUGUUUCCAUGGACGUGUCUGUGAACAUCUAGCAAAUCAAGGCUGCUACUGUAACAAACAGUCCACUGAAGGCGAGCGUAGUGAGAACCCAAGUGCAGUUUAUUGUCAAAGGUGGUAAUCCAAACAUCCAGACAUGAUCCAAACAAUAAACAAAUACUUAACUUGAGUUGACGAGGAACAGACUUGACAUGAACAGACUUGACAUGGGAUGAACAGACUAGACUCACAGACAGCAGGAUACAACAUUAAUACACGACAGAGGACAAUGGCAAAAACAUGGCUACUUAGACAAUACAGGUCUCAUGACAAAAACAAACUAAUGGAAAACGAGACAUGACUAAAGCAACCAAUGAACUAACAGAACUGAUAAAUCACAUGACAAGACAAUAACCAAUGAGAACAUGACAUAUACACAAGACAGAGAUACAUGAGGGCAAGGGAAGUGACACAAACAGAAUGAAACAAACUACAAAAUAAAAGACAUGAAAACAGUGAACAAGAAACAAAACCCAAAACACACUUUACACCCCCCCCCCAAGGGUGGCUCCAGACGCCCAAACAACAAAAACUUCAGGAGGGUGGUGGAGUGGAGGCGGAACAGGGGGAGGGAUGGAGGGCCAGGCCCGUGGAAAGGAACAGGACCAGGGCCAUGGAGCAGAGACAGACCAUGAAGCAGAGGGGGACCUGGGCCGUAAAGCAGAGACAGACCAUGAAGCAGAGGGGGACCUGGGCCGUGGAACAGUGACAGACCAUGAAGCAGAGGGGGACCUGGGCCGUGAAACAGAUCCAGAGCAGGCAGAGCAUGGAGCCAUGGCGGUGCUGGCUUAAUGACCUCAAAUCAGUUCUUCAUGAUGGAGAUCAGUGAGAGAUCUUCAUCUCCAGAUCACAGCUGUGUGUCUCUGAAGAGUGACUGGUCCAUGACAGAGCCUCCUAAACUCAGUGCUGGACCAGUGACCUCUGACCCCAGAGUUAGCGGUAUGAAGAGGAAGAGAUCUUCAUCUCCAGAUCACAGCUGUGUGUCUCUGAAGAGUGACUGGUCCAUGGAUAAUCCUCCUAGAUUCAGUGCUGAACCUGUGACCUCUGACCCCAGAGUCACCAGGAGGAGGAGAUCUUCAUCUCCAGAUCCCAGCUUUGUGUCUCUGAAGAGUGAUAUAUCCAUAAAGUAUCCUCCUGACCUCAGUGCUGAACCAGUGACCUCUGACCCCAGAGACGAUCAGUUUAGAGCCCAGGAUCCUCCUCAAGCAGUGAAUGAUGAACUACAGAGAGUCAAAGAGCAGCACAAAACCAGCAUGAAGAACAAGUAUGAGAGAUUAUUUGAGGGACUGAAACUCCAGGAGAAUGAAAGCCUCCUGAACAGCAUCUACACACAGCUCUACAUCAUAGAGGGAGAGAGGGAAGGAGUGAAUGAAGAACAUGAGGUUUUACAGAUGGAGAAAACCGCCACAACACAACACUCACAUGAAACUCCAAUCUACUCGAAUGACAUCUUUAAAGCCUCCGCUGAAGAAGGAUGUGAGGAGAAAGUGCAGAUCAAGACUGUUCUUGCUAAAGGCAUCGCUGGAAUCAGAAAAACCAUCUCUGUGCAAAAGAAGAAAAUCAAGACUGUUUUUACUAAAGGCAUCGCUGGAAUCGGAAAAACCGUCUCUGUGCAGAAGUUCAUUCUGGACUGGGCCGAGGGAAAAGCCAAUCAGGAUGUAGAUUUCAUGUUUGUGCUUCCAUUUCGAGAGCUGAACUUGAUCCGAGAUCAUCAGUACAGUCUUCACGGACUUCUGCUGGACUUUCAUCCUGAUCUUCAAGAUCUGGACUCACAGAUUUAUGAGAAGUGUAAAGUUGUGUUCAUCUUUGAUGGUCUGGAUGAAAGCAGAAUCACACUGAAGUUUUCAGACGCUCAGAAAGUUUGUGAUGUGACUGAGACUUCAUCAGUGGCAGUGUUGAUGUCCCAGCUCAUGAAAGGAGAGCUGCUUCCCUCUGCUCUCAUCUGGAUCACCUCCAGACCAGCAGCAGCUAAUCAGAUCCCCUCCAAAUACAUCCACCGUCUGACAGAAAUUCAGGGAUUUACUGAGCUUCAGAAGGAGGAAUAUUUCAGGAAGAGAAUCAGUGAUGAGCAUCAAGCCAGCAGAAUCAUCUCACACAUCAGAAGAGCAAGAAGCCUCCACAUCAUGUGCCACAUCCCUGUUUUCUGCUGGAUCUCAUCCACUGUGCUUCAGAAACUCCUGGAAGAAGAUCUGAGUGCAGAAAUCCCUCAAACUCUGACUGAAAUGUACAUCCACUUCCUGCUGAUUCAGAUCAACAUGAGGAAGCAGAAGUAUGAAGAGAGAGAUCCAGAGAAACUCCUGCCGUCCAACAGAGAAGUGAUUGUGAAACUUGCUGAAGUGGCUUUCAAACAGCUGAUGAAGGGCAAUGUGAUGUUCUAUGAGGAGGACCUGAUUGAGAGCAGCAUAGACGUCACUGACGCCUCAGUGUAUUCUGGGAUUUGCACUGAGAUCUUUAAGCAGGAAUCUAUGAUUCAUCAGAGGAAAGUCUACAGCUUCAUUCAUCUGAGCGUUCAGGAGUUUCUCGCUGCUUUCUAUCUGUUUUACUGCUGUUUAACAAAGAACAAGAAAACACUGCAUGAAUUUGGAUCUUACGGGUCUGAUAAAGUCUCUCUGUAUGACCCUGAACAUAAAUAUAUGUCUGAGAUAUACUCUGAUGAAGUCUCUCUGUAUGUUCUACUAAGAUCAGCAGUAUAUAAAGCUCUCAAGAGUGAGAAUGGACAUCUGGAUCUGUUCCUGCGGUUCCUGCUGGGCGUCUCACUGGAGUCCAAUCAGAGACUCUUACAGGAUCUACUGACACACACAGAGAACAGCUCAGACACCAUAAGAGACACCACACAGUACAUUAAACAGAAGAUCAAAGAUACAAAUGAUUAUUAUCUCUCAGCUGAUCAGUCCAUCAAUAUGUUCCUCUGUCUGCUGGAAGUGAAAGAUCAGACUCUGUUCAGAGAGAUUCAGGAGUUUGUGAAAUCAGACAAACACUCAGAGAAGAAACUCUCUCCUGCUCACUGCUCAACAAUCUCCUACAUGCUUCAGAUAUCAGAGGAGCCACUGGAUGAACUGAACCCCAUGAAAUACAAUACAUCAGCUGAGGGGAGAAGAAGACUGAUACCAGCUGUGAUCAACUGCAGAAAAGCUCUAUUUUCUGGCUGUGGUCUCUCAAAACAGCAUUGUGAAAUUGUGUCUUCAGCUCUACAAUCCUCAAACUGUGUCCUGAGAGAGCUGGAUCUGAGGAACAAUGACCUGCAGGACUCUGGUAUAAAGCUUAUUUCUGAUGGACUGAAGAGUCCAAACUGUCAGCUGCAGAUACUGAGUCUUGCUGUCUGUAAUCUCACUGCUCAGUGUAGUGAGAGUUUGUCAUCAGCUCUACAAUCCUCAAACUGUGUCCUGAGAGAGCUGGAUCUGAGGAACAAUGACCUGCUGGACUCUGGUGUAAAGUUUAUUUCUGAUGGACUGAAGAGUCCAAACAGUCAGCUGCAGAUACUGAGUCUUGCUGGCUGUAAUCUCACUGCUCAGUGUUGUGAGAGUUUGUCAUCAUCUCUACAAUCCUCAAACUGUGUCCUGAGAGAGCUGGAUCUGAGUAGCAAUGACCUGCAGGACUCUUGUGUAAAGUUUAUUUCUGAUGGACUGAAGAGUCCAAACUGUCAGCUGCAGAUACUGAGGUUGUCUGGCUGUAUGGUGACAGAGGAAGGCUGUGAUUAUUUGUCUUCAGCUCUGAGUUCAAACCCCUCACACCUGAGAGAGCUGGAUCUGAGCUACAAUCACCCAGAACAAUCAGGAGUCCAGUUGCUCAAACACAAACUGCAGGAUCCAAACUAUGAACUGCAGAUACUCAAUGUGGAUCAUGGAGGAGAGAAGAGGAUGAGAGCAGGACCACGAAAGUAUGCCUGUGAUCUCACACUGGAUCCAAACACAGCACACACUCGACUCGUUCUGUCUGAUGAGAACAAGAAGAUAAGACAUGUGAAAGAUCUUCAGCCGUAUCCUGAUCAUCCAGAGAGAUUUGAUGAUGUUCUUCAGGUUCUGAGUGUUGAGAGUCUGACUGGACGCUGUUACUGGGAGACUGAAUGGAGCGGAUAUAGUGCUGUAAUAUCAGUGUCAUAUAAAGGAAUCAACAGGAAAGGAGGAGAGAGAGACUGUGUGUUUGGAUCCAAUGACAAAUCCUGGAGUCUGGAGUGCACUGAUGACAGUUUCUCUGUCCUUCACAAUAACGUCACUGUCAGUGGUGAAUCUUUCAUCCGUUCAUUCUCUAAGAGAGUAGGAGUGUAUGUGGAUGUGUCUGCUGGUGUUCUGUCCUUCUACAGCAUCUCUAACACACACACACUCACACACUUACACACACCCACAUUCAUACACUUACACACAUUCAUCACCACAUUCACUGAACCCCUCUGUGCUGGAUUUAGACUUUAUAAUUAUUAUUCCUCAGUGUCUCUGUGUGAUAUUAAAUGAUAGAGAGACUCUUUCUGAUGUUCACAUGCACACAAACUCAUCUAAUCUCACAUCACUACAUUUCUAUUCAUUUUUAAUUCGUUUUUCAUCAUCAUACAGAAGUUAUGAAUCUAGAUCAGACUCUCAUACUGUUCUGAAUCUUUAAUAAACAGAGUAAUAUGUGUGCUUUAAUAUUUCUAUUGUAAACUGCUCAUCAAAUGUAAUAAAAGUCCAUGAGUGACUCAUUUGAUCCUGAA